AUAGACGCAGCAUCUUCUGGAAUUAAUUUAAUUUCCCUGUUGGUGGAGAGAAAUACCCAGCAAAUAUACAAAAGAAAACGUCACACAUUUCAACAUGUCUAAAUUGGCAUUGUUUAAUGUGUAUCUUAAUGAACGGUUAACCGCAGCGGCUGUGGAGAUAUUUGGGGCAGUAGAGAGAACAAUCAUAGAGUACCAGGAAGAAAUCUGCCGUUCCAAGGAGGAGAACGAACGUCUUCGACGGCGGCUGGAUGUUAACACACAGAUACCGUUACAUAGAGCAGAAGCCCAGCAGGUUCCACUUGAUCUGCAGCACUGUGAGCAGAAGCUGGGACAAGAAGACCCAGAGCACGCACAGAUUAAAGAUGAACAAGAGGAACUUUACCCGAAUCAGGAGGAAGAGCAAUUUGAAGGGCUAGAGUCUGAUACCAAUGACUCCAUAUUCACUGUCUAUGAGGACAGAGACAGUAACCCUACUUACCCAUCUACUGAAAUUAAUUUCUCUAGCCAAACUUCAGACAGCAGAGAGGGGGAUGUACUGUGCAUUCGCAUUCCUGGAGAGAUCAAAACUGAGCCUGAUGGACAAUGCUACACGAUAUCAGAAGAAACCAUGGCUUCGCAGUCCCUCUCAGAAGGAUAUCUGGGCUCUGCAGCUCAGAAUGAAAAUGGAAGUGACAGUGAGGUGGAGUGCGAAGAGCUACCGCCAGGGUCCAAGCUGCAGAAAUCACCCCGAAAAUGUAUAAAGAAAGGAGUAAUGGCCCAUACCAGCGCUGGAGGCAGGGAGCCCACAAAUGCUGAUUUUCCUUAUUGUUGUAAGUUGUGCGGGAGCACAUUUGUGUACAUAGGUCCUUUAGUUAACCAUGUGAAAAAUGUACACACAAAGCUUACAACGGAAUACCGGUGUGGUGUAUGUGAGGGAGUCUUUGAGUCCAUCGCAGGCUUGACGGAUCACCUGCAAACCCACAUUAAAGCAACACGUACAUGUAAUGUGUGUGGAAAAUGCUUCCCUAGUGAUUCUAGUAUGAGAACACACAUGGUAUCUCACACAGGGGAAAAGCAGUAUCAAUGCAAAGAAUGUGGAAAAUGCUUCAAAAAUAAGGGAUAUAUGCAUUUACAUAUGAGGCGUCACACAGGGGAGACACCAUUUUGGUGCAUGAAAUGUGGUGAAAGUUUCAUUUGCAAGGGAUACUUGAAAGCACAUAUGGAGAUCCACGCUAGUGAUGACCCACCAUCCACACAGGAACUUGGGACCAGUCAGGAGGAAAAGCAGCUUGAAGGACAUAAGUCUGAUGCCAAAGACUCUACAUUUAAAGUUUGUGAAGAAAGUGACCGUAAUCCCAGGGAUUUCUCCAUCCAGAACUCACAAGCUGUACAGGUAGACGUGCCUUGCGUCCAGAUUCCAGAUGAGAUCAAAACUGAGCCUGAAGGAGAAUGCUGCACAGUAUCAGAAGAAACCAGUGCCUCUCAGUCCCUCUCAGAAGGAUAUCCGGGCUACUCUGCAGCUCAGAGUGAAAACGGUGGGAGUGACAGUGAGGUGGAGACCGGGGGGCUACCUUCAGGUUCAGAGCCACUGAAGUCACCCAGAAAACGGACAAAGAGAGAACUAAGCUCUCGUAUCCGUUCUGGAGGCAGGGCGGCCGCUAAUUCGGCUCCUUACUGUUGCAAGUUAUGUGGGAGCACGUUUGUGUACAUGGGCCCUUUAGUUAACCAUGUGAAAAAUGUGCACACAAAGCAUACUCAAAUGUGUGGUGUAUGUGAAGAAGCCUUUGAGUCCAUUGCAAGUCUGACCGAUCACUUGCACACCCACAUUAAAGCAACGCGUACUUGUAACGUGUGUGCAAAAUGCUUCCCUAGUGAUGCUAAUUUGAGAAUACAUAUGGUGUCUCACACAGGUGAGAAACAGCACCAAUGCAAAGAAUGUGGGAAGUGCUUCAAAACUAAGGCAUAUAUGAAGUUGCACAUGAGGCUUCACACGGGGGAGAAACCUUUUCGGUGCAAAGAAUGUGGAGAAAGUUUCACUUGUAAUGGAUAUUUGAAAGCACAUAUGAAGUUUCACACAGGGCAGAAAUCAUAUCGGUGUAAAGACUGCGGUGAAGAUUUCAAUCAGAAGGAGCAACUGGAACAGCACAUGUGGACUCACCGGAGUGAGAAACCGCAUGGUUGCCAACACUGUCCGAAAAGCUUUAAGCGCAAGGAGGAACUGACCAGGCACAUGGCGGUUCACACAGGAGAGAGACCUUUUAAGUGCACUGUGUGUGGCCAUUGCUUUGCCACCCCAGGAAAUCUAACACAACACUUGUCCACUCACACUGGAGAGAAGCCGUAUCGGUGCAUCUUCUGCAGCAGAUGCUUUAGAAAUAAUCCACUGCUUAAAAGUCACCUGAAGAAUCGUCAUAAAAUGUCAUGACAUUGCCUUAGUGACAGUAGUUGACUUAAGUUCAAAAUUUAAAAUAAUUUUGUAUCGCAGCCUUGGUGCUUUGUUUGUCUUAUGGUUGGUGAUACAUUAGGACAAUCAUUAGAAUCCAUAAAACAGUAUAGUGUUACUCCCUCUGUCUGUUGCUUUAUCAUCCAAACAUUCUGACCAUAGCAGUGGUUGUCAACAUUGAAAUAUUCACCUAUUUUAAAUGUUUAAAAAAUAUAUAAAAUACCUGAUUACAGCACAGAAGCCAUUACAUAAUGAGAAAUAGAAAGUGAAUAGAAUCCUGACAUUUUGGUCAGAUUGUAAGUAUUCAGUUAAAAGUCAAAUAUCAAUAGUUUUUUCUUUGAAAUAAUACAUUACAAUGUCUGUAAACAACAUAUAUUAUAUGGAUUGAACAAUAAUGUUUGAAAAUAAUUGAUUUGCAUAUAUAGUGCAUAUAAAAUCUCUACACCCCAAUUAGGUUUUCA